AUGUUACUGGUGAUAUUAUGGAGUGUACUAUUCCCAGCGUCUGCGCAAGUAGAGAGGCAGUGUGGGCAUCCAGCUGUCCCGCCGAACGCUCGUGUGUCCCUUUCAGCUGACGUAAUCAUCCCAGGGACGGUUGCCACAUACGAUUGUGACGAUGGUUACGAGUUGUUCGGAGCUCACCAGCGGGAGUGCACCUUAAGAGGCGAUUGGACAUCGGAACAGCCUUUUUGUGGAACCAACGUCGCCUUCAGAAAGCCUGCUAACCAAUCCACCACAGUUCGAGGUGGCGCCGCCGCUAACGGUAAUGACGGUGAGAAGACCACGGAACAUGACGGCAAGAGAUGCACGGAGACUCAAAGGGAGGCGUCUCCGUGGUGGCAGGUUGACCUACUGAGGCACUAUGCGGUCAAAGUAGUCAGGGUGACGACGCGAGGAUGCUGUGGUCAUCAGCCGCUGCAAGACCUGGAGAUCAGAGUGGGGAACAGCAGCUCGGACCUACAACGUAACCCGCUAUGUGCUUGGUUUCCAGGAACGAUUGAUGAGGGUGUAACGAAAACAUUCACGUGUGCGCGCCCCCUUAUCGGACAACAUGUAUUCCUGCAGCUGGUCGGUGUAGAAGGCUCCUUGUCUCUCUGUGAAGUCGAGGUUUUCACCACUGAAGAGUUCUCUAAUGACCGGUGCACACCUGCCGGUGCUCCAGCAGACAUCGAACUAGCGGCGUUUAGUAGAAAUUGUUACGAAUUCAACGUCGCUAAGGGCGCAUCCUUUGACGACGCCAGGACGCAGUGCAGCACACACGGCGGGGACCUUAUCCACGGCUUCCAGGGCGCUACCUUCAGCUUCUUAAUACAAGAGCUGGAACGCCGAAAGUCCAUGUUAAAAACACAACUAGUCUGGAUCGGGGCUCAGAAAGAGCCCGGGCUAACCAACAGAAUCUGGAAGUGGGUCGAUGGCGAAGUGGUGUCGAAGCCAACAUGGGGUAAAGACCAGCCGAAUAAUUACAACGGAGAGCAAAACUGCGUCGUCCUGGACGGUGGCCGGGCGUGGUCCUGGAACGACGUCGGCUGCAACUUGGACUAUCUACACUGGAUCUGCCAGUACCUGCCGCCAACUUGCGGCAGCCCGGACAAGCUGUUGAACACUACUAUCGUCGGAAGCAACUACAAGGUGGGCGCAAGUAUAGAGUACAAAUGCCCUGAAGGACAUAUGUUGCUCGGGAAUGAAGUCAGAGAGUGCAAGCAAGACGGCUUCUGGUCAGGCACUGCGCCUAGCUGCAAAUAUGUCAACUGCGGUGGUUUGACGGCGAUACAAGAUGGCGAUGUCACCUUGGUCGAUGGUAGAACAACGCAUGGUGCUAAAGCUAUCUACACAUGCCGAGAGAAUUAUACUUUAGUCGGAGAUCCUACAAGAAUGUGCGGUGACGAAGGAGUUUGGAGUGGAGAAGCGCCGAAAUGUCUUUUCGAUUGGUGCCCGGAGCCUCCUGUAGUUUCUGGAGCCGUUGUAACCAUCGAUGGUCACAAAGCAGGUUCAUUGGCUACUUACACGUGCCAGAACGGAUUCAUACUCUUUGGAUCACCGAGUGUAAACUGUACACUUGGCGGUGCAUGGGCCGGCACUCCUCCCUCCUGCAAAUACGUGGACUGCGGUACACCAGCUCAGGUCCACAAGGGCUCCUUCCAGCUGCCCAACGGCACCACCACGUACGGCUCUCUAGCUCAAUUCAACUGUGAACCGGACUACUGGCUGUCUGGUUCGGAUACACUUGUCUGCAAUCGCGACGGGAAAUGGUCCCAUGAUAUACCUACAUGUGAACUGAUAUCAUGCAACGAACCGGAAGUACCCGCUGGAGGUUACAUGGAGGCGUACGAUUACAACGUACACUCAUCGAUCGACUUCCACUGUGAGCGCGGCCACAAGCUGAUCGGUGAAUCGAGUCUCGUGUGCACCUCAUACGGGGAAUGGUCGGGAGAAUCUCCCAAAUGCGAAUAUGUUGAUUGCGGUAAACUGCCGCCGCUGCCUUAUGGCUCCGCGGAGCUGUUGAAUGGCACUACUCAUUUGGGCAGCGUAAUCCAAUACUCCUGCACUACUAAGUACAGGCUCGUCGGCCCUGUUAGAAGGUAUUGCACCGAAGACUUCCAGUGGAGUGACUCAUCACCGAGAUGUGAAGAAAUCCGAUGCCCAGACCCGAUAGUGCCGGUGAACAGCAUCGUGUCUGUAACCGGUAAUGACAGGAUGCACGGUCGCACUCUCAUUAGGACGUCUGUCAGUGUCAACUCAGGGAACACAUACAGAAUCGGCGCUUUGGUCAAAUACAGAUGUGAACGAGGCUAUAAAGUGGUCGGUGAGAGUCUAUCUACUUGUGAAGACAAUGGACAAUGGAGUGGAGUCACACCAAAAUGUCAAUAUGUGGACUGCGGUAACCCAGGUCGUAUAGAGAACGGAAAGGUUACAUUAGCUACUAACGCCACAUAUUACGGAGCGGCGGCAUUAUACGAGUGCGAGGAACACUGGCAGUUGAACGGUGUCUCCAGGCGGCUGUGCCAAGACAACGGCACUUGGAGUUCAGAAGCGCCAGUAUGUAAAGAAAUCACCUGUACCGAUCCAUCGGUGCAAAUUAAGGACAGCAUAGGGCUGCACGUAGCUACCUCCACACUAAGUAUAGGAGGCGAGGCUCACUAUAGGUGCGAGAGAGGGUACAGUCUGAAGGGCAACCAGACGAGGGUGUGUCUACCCAAAGGACAGUGGAAAGGAGUCCCACCGGUCUGCAUUCCUAUCGACUGCAAAUCGCCCAAUCAGAUCGAGAACGGUCGAAUCAUCAUAUCGAACACCUCCACUUUAUUCGGUAGCUCCAUCGAGUACCACUGCCUGCCUCAAUUCCAACGUGUCGGUCCGUUUUUGAGAAAGUGUAUGGACGACGGGAAAUGGUCAGGGGAAGAGCCGAGCUGUGAACUGGCUACCAAUGAGGCGAAUGAGAACGGCACGCUGCCACUAAGUGUGGGUGUCGGAUGUGGUGUUGUGUUGUUCCUGCUGAUGCUGCUGGGAGUUAUUUAUUUGAGACUACGUAAAGCUACACCAGUAAAGAACACUGAAAACAUUGAAGGCGCAGAAAGAAAGGAAGACCAGAACGCCGCUGUUAUGAGCUACGCGACACUUCAUGAUAGUAACGGCAGACACAUAUACGACCACGUCACCGAUAAUGUGUACGACUCGCCAUACAGCGAGAGGAUCACCGACAAUGUCGCAUACGGGAGGAGGAGCGACACCGACUCGGCAUACGAACCCGAGCCCACGGGACCCAGCGCUGUAGUAACCAUCAAUGGUGUUGCCGUGCGCUGAUCACACGAAAAAAAACGACUGCAAAAGUUCGGAAGAUAUUUGAGCAAAUCCGGCUCGAAGGACCAUAUUUUAAGACGCGGUAACCAACCGAAAUUAUCCUCAGUGUCAUAAAAAUCAGUCAAAACAAUCACUCUAUUGACUCGCGAUGUUCCUGCAAGGAUUCUAAAACGUUACCCAUUUUUUAGACUUUCUACGAAAUUUCUGUCACUAUGGUUACCAUUCCCCUUUAACUCGAGUGUUCAAACGAAACGAUAGGUUUAUAAGUAGAUUAAGUUCAAAGGAUUCGAGGAUUACGAAAAAAAGAAAAGAUCUGUGUUCUCUGUAAUCACCAACCCUUACUAGGUAUCGAACCAAAGAUGUAAAUGAGUUGGAAUAAUAAUUUAAGAAAAAAUAUUUGUAACAUAUUAAAUCAUAAAGUCCUUUGCAUUAAAGUAAAACCUAUU